AUGGAAACCUGUGCUAACGGUGAAGUUCCAAUGUCUAAGGGAGAUAAACUAACUAAAAAUCAGUGUCCUAAAACUGAUAUUGAGAAAACUGAGAUGGAAUCGAUACCAUAUGCUAGGCUAGUAGGGAGUUUGAUGUAUGCACAAGUCUGUUCAAGACCAGACUUGUCUUUUGCAGUAGGUAUGCUAUCCAGAUUUCAGUCAAACCCUAGACAUGAGCAUUGGACAGCUGGUAAGAAGGUUCUGAGGUACCUGCAAAGGACCAAAGACCAUAUGCUUGUGUAUAAACGUGUGAAAAAGCUUGAAUUGGUUGGCUUUACUGAUUCUGAUUUUGCUGGGAAUUUUCCUACAUCUAUGAAGUCGACAUGUGGUUAUGUUUAUAUGCUAGCAGGUGGUGCAGUAGCUUGGAAAACAAUGAAGCAGUCAUUGAUAGCUACUUCCACCAUGCAGGCAGAGUUGAUAGCUAUAUAUGAAGGAGUGUGUGAGGGAUUGUGGAUCAGAAAUUUUAUCUUGGAGACUAAAGUGUUGAGUGAUCUUGUAACUGGAAGUUUGAAGGUGUUUUGUGAUAAUGAGGCUGCAGUGUUCUUUAGUAAGAAUAGUAAGAGAUCAAAUAACUCUAAGCACAUAGAUUUGAAAUUCUAUAGUAUCAGAAAGAGAGUUAAAGAUGGUGAAGUUGAGAUUUCUGGAGUCAAGACAAGUGAUCAACUGGCAGAUUCAUUUACUAAAGCAUUGUCAGUAGCAGCUUUUAAGGAGCAAUCCAGGAACAUGGGAAUUUUGUCGAGUUUUGAAGAUGCUUAA